UUUGGUCUUUUAGGCACUCCUUCGCCACCGUACUUUGUCUAUAAUUUGUUAAAGAUGGCGGCUGUUGCUUUCGUCUGCCGCCGACCUGGCAGUGUCCUUCCCAGGAUUUCCAAAGCUGGGUCACCAGCUGUGCUGUCGGCCGUGCCCGCGACAGUCCAGCAGAGGAAGGUCCACCAUUCUGUCAUCCCCCGCGGCAAAGGGGGUCGCUCGUCCGUUAGUGGGAUUUCCGCUACCGUUUUUGGGGCGACCGGCUACCUUGGCCGAUAUGUAGUCAAUCAUCUAGGGCGCAUGGGCUCUCAGGUCAUUGUUCCUCACCGGUGUGACCAGUAUGACAUCAUGUACCUGAGACCCAUGGGAGAUCUGGGUCAGAUCAUCUUCCUGGACUGGGAUGCCAGAAAUCGUGAGACCAUCCAGAGAGCGAUGGCUCACUCCAACGUGGUCAUCAAUUUGGUGGGCAGAGAAUGGGAGACUAGCAACUACAGCUUUCAAGACAUCUACGAGAACAUCCCCCGGGAAAUCGCCAGAGCAGCCCGGGAGGCGGGCGUCACAAAGUUCAUCCACAUGUCCCAUCUGAACGCAGACAUCCGCAGCCCCUCCAGAUACCUGAGGAACAAGGCAGUAGGGGAGAGAGUAGUGAGAGAUGAGUUCCCUGAUGCUGUCAUCAUGAAGCCCGCAGAGAUGUUCGGGAGGGAAGACAGAUUCUUCAACCACUUUGCAAACAUGCGCUGGUUUGGGAGAGCCGUGCCCCUGAUCGCCCUGGGGAAGGAAACGGUCAAGCAGCCCGUCUACGUGGUGGAUGUGUCCAAGGCCAUUGUCAACGCCAUCAAAGACCCAGAAUCCAAUGGGAAAACCUAUGCUUUAGUAGGGCCUCACAGAUACCUCCUGCACGAUCUGGUGGAGUACCUGUACGCCGUGGCACACAGGCCUUUCGUGCCCUACCCGGUACCACGCCCUCUGUAUCAUAUGGCUGCAAGGUUUUUUGAACUCAACCCCUUUGAGCCGUGGACUACCCGUGACAAAAUAGACCGGCUGCACACCACGGACAUGAAGUACCCGGGCCUGCCCGGCCUGGAGGACCUGGGCAUCGUGCCCUCGUCCGUGGAGAUGAAGGCCAUCGAGGUCCUGCGCCGCCACCGCCGCUUCCGCUGGCUGGAGGCCGAACUGGGGGAGACCAAGCCAGCCAAGACCGUGGACAUCUGAGCUACCCCUCGCAGCGCUGCGCUGUGCACACCCUCCUUCUGCCACUCCCCUGUAUAUACAUUACAUGUCAAAUCUAAUAAUAAAAAAAAAUCUUCAAACAA